AUGAGCUCCCUCGGAGGGCAGACUGAGGCCGGGGACGGCAGCGUGGCGCCCGGGCCUGCAGGUGAGCCCGCAGCGGCAGCGGAGCCUCCCCAGGACCGAGCCGGCGAGGAUGCUGGGCCCGGCAUCGCGGUCGGCCUCGACGGGCUGGGGCAGGAGGCGGCCUCGCCGCCGCCUGAAGGCCCGGAAGCCGCCCCGGACGAGGGCCUCCCGCGAGGCCAGCCAGGCCCCGGCGGCACAGAGCUGCCUGCCCCCGACGGCGUGGCCAAGACCAAGGCCAGGGUCCAGAAGGUGGACAGGGGUGCAGGGGAGGAGGGGGCUGAGAAGCCAGCAGAUGAGGAUGCGGAGGAGGCGGGGCCGCGCCUCCCGAAUGUGGCUCUGCAGAUGAGGUCCCUGGAGGCCAUCCAGCUGGAUCUGAACACGGUGAAUGCCCAGGCCGACCGCGCCCUCCAGCAGCUGCAGCACAAGUAUGGGCAGCUCCGUCAGUACUAUCUGGAGCGCAGGAACUAUGUUAUCCAGAGCAUCCCCGGCUUCUGGGUCACGGCCCUUCGCAACCACCCGCAGCUGUUCGAGAUGAUUACAGGCCGAGAUGCGGAAAUGCUAAGAUACAUAACCAACCUGGAGGUGAAGGAGUCCAGACUCUCUAGGUCAAGUUGCCGGUUCAAGUUCUUCUUCCGAAGAAACCCCUUCUUUAGAAACACUCUGAUCGUCAAGGACUACGAGGUCAGACCCACUGGCCAAGUGGUAUCGCUCUCCACUCCAAUCAUCUGGCGCCCUGGCCAUGAACCACAGCCCUUCAUUUAUGGGAACCAGGAGGUCACGUGCAGUUUCUUCACCUGGCUUUCAGACCACAGCCAUCCAGAGCGCGACAGGAUUGCCCAGAUUAUCAAAGAGGAUCUCUGGCCAAACCCACUCCAGUAUUAUCCCUUCCACGUAGGGGCUCCUAGAGCUAGACGUCACCAGAUCAGAGAGCCUGUGGAGAUUCCUAGACCCUUUGGUUUCCAGUCUGGUUAG